CAGAACCCCAGAGUUCUGACAGAACCCGUGAGUUCUGCAGGUGCAGGAUGUUCUGUUUGAACUGAUCUGGAUCUGGUUCCUACAUCAACUAGAACCGGUCAUUUCAUCUGCAUAAAACUCACCCUGGUCAGUGUUUGAACAGAAUCGGAUCCUCCAGACGUGGACCAGGACCAGAGUCAGUUAUUGUGUUAUUUAUAUGUUGACGUGGUCCUGGAACCUGAGCUCUGCUGAAACUGGACUCCCCUGAUCCUCAUCAAUAUCCAAACAGCUGAGGUUCUACCGGCCAAUCGCCGCCCUCAACUGCAGGCAUAGUGUGUACAGGUUGUCAUGGAGAGGGCAGGUGCAGAUGCCAGUUGGUGUGUGCUAUGGCGUGGUGCGGCAGCAGGACUGUGGACGUCCAGGUGGCUCUGCAGAGAGCCAAGCAGAAGGUGGACAACCUGAGGAGGCUCGUCCACAAAGAAACCAGUUCAGAACCAGAACCGACCAGUUCAUCCCCAUGGAAUCCAAGCAAAGAACUGAGGGACUCUUUGGUCGACAUGUACAAAGCUAAUCCUAGAGUGAACGACGAGCUACGACAGCGACUGCCUUCACCUGACAGAUCUGGGUUCAGUCCAGACCUGGGACACUGGCCUCUAGCUCCUCAGAACCUCCAGGAUCCUCCUGUCUCUGCUCUGUCCAGGAGCUCUGUCUCCCCUGUCUCUCCUCCCUUCAGAAGGAGCUCUGUCUCUGUCUCCCCAUUGGUCUCCAGGCCUCCAGGAGGUGUAGGGGACAUGGAGGUGGACCUUUUCUCCAGCAGAGGUGCUUCUCCUUGGGCAGAAGGUGCUACUGACCUCCCAGAUGGAGGCGGAGCAUCCAGGGGUCCUGCAAGCCCCGCCCUCAAAAGACACCUGAUUUCCACUGACGACAGCUGCAGGCGCGAGGCUUCGUCUGCACCAACGGCGGUGUCAGGACGGAUCCAGAGUCUGGACCGAGACAAGAACAUCUCAUUCUUACUGAAGGAACUGGAUGCCCUGAGAGACAUCAACAACAAGCUUCAGGAGCAGCUGCUGCAGAAGGAGAAGGAGCUAAGGAGGAGGGAAACUGAGGAGGAGCUGAGGGAGGAGCAGCAGGAGGCUCGGAGCUGGGAGAGACCGGCAGCCGUGUUGGAGGAACUGUUAGCGGCUCAGAAGAACCGAGAUCAUGCUCUGAUGUCCCGACUUCUUCUGGCAAAUGAGGAGAGAGAUGAGGCAUUACUUCGAGCCCAACGCCUUCAGCAGGCCGCCGCCCACGAGUUGGACCCCAUAACAUUGGAGGACGCUGACAUGGAUGUGGAGGAGCUGCUUCGCUGCAUCUGUGAUUCCAAUUCUGUACAGGAAGUGGAACAGUUUGGUCCAAUCCUUGUUCAGCAUCUGCGGUUGGCACGGCAACGGAGGAGUGACAUCACGGCUCAGGAGAUGAAGGCAGUGAUGGAGGAGAGAGAUAGCACGGUCGCCAAGUGUAAACAUCUGGAGGAAGAUCUGAUCCAGGAGAGAGAGCAGAGGGCAAGCAAGGACGAGCUGCUGAGGCUGCAGACAGAGAGGGACCGAGCCGUGGACGACCAGCGCCGGCUGGAGGCGGAGCUUCAAGCCGUACGAGCCAGUCACAGCUGUCAGGACGCCACUCCACCCUCUCAGCCCUCGUCAGUAGGAGACAAGACUCCGCCCCUUCUAAUCCAGCUGCAACAACUGUCGAAAGAGAAGCAGAGCAUGGAGGCAGAGCUUCAGCGCUGUCAGGAAGCUGAGCGUGAGGCCAGUGAGCGAGUCCGAAGGUUGGAACGUCUGGUUGAAGUCCUGAGGAAAAAGGUCGGAACAGGAAGUGUUCGCGCCGUCAUCUGAUCACAGCCUUUUCUCUCCUACCCCUAACUCUGACCCCUAACCCAACCCCUAACCCUAACCCCUAACCGCAACCCCUAACCCCCAACCCUAACCCCCAAACCCUAACCCCCAAACCCUAACCCCUAACCCCUAACCGCAACCCCCAACCCUAACCCCCAAACCCUAACCCCCAAACCCUAACCGCAACCCCUAACCCAACCCAACACCCCUAACCCCUAACCCCACACCCCUAACCCCAACCCUCUGAUGGACUUUGUCUGUAGUGUUAUUUUACUUCCAUUUCAUGCUCAGAUCAGUUUUUCUGUCCCUGUUUCUUUAGUUUAAGAUUCAUGAGUUUUACUUUAACAUUAAUUUUGAUGAUUUGAAACACACUGCGUUCUAUUUCUGUUGUUUGUUUUUACUGUUUUCUUUACUCUGUUGUUGUUUUUCUGACCAGUUAAAAAUAAAACCAUCUGAUUUGAUCUGAGACCAGA